AUGGGAAUAGGAGGAGAAAGAGUCGUGCGAGGCGUGGUGCUGCGCCGGGGAUUGAUAUUGAGUUCGCGCGCGGGAGCUGGUGAUUGUGCUGGUAUUGGUAUUGGUAUUGGUGCAGCUGGCGGUGUUUCUGGAGGCUUCUUCACCCGCUUCUUCAACCGCCGCCGUUUCCCCUCCCCCGCCAUCGUCCACCCCUCGACAUCCACGCCCGCCAUCGCCACUCCUACCGCCCGUUUCCACCACCACCGUCUAGCACACUCAGCUUUCAAGAUGGCUUCGGUGCAGACUGUCGAGCAGCCAGAGUGGCCGGCUCUGCGCGUGCGGAAUGCCUUUCUAGACUUUUUCAAGGAAAAUGGCCAUACCUUUGUGCCCUCCUCUUCCGUUGUACCCCUCUCAGACCCAACUCUACUAUUCACAAACGCGGGAAUGAACCAGUACAAGUCCAUUUUCCUAGGCACUGUUGAUCCAAACUCAGAUUUUGCGACCCUGAGACGUGCGCAUAACUCACAGAAGACCUUCUUUGAGAUGCUGGGUAACUGGAGUUUCGGAGACUAUUUCAAAAAGGAAGCUAUCAGAUAUUCGUGGGAUCUUCUCACUAAAGUUUACGGCCUUAACCCUGACCGGUUAUACGUGACCUACUUUGAGGGAAAUCCCGAUGCGGGCAUCGGCCCUGAUUUGGAGGCAAAAGAAUUAUGGCUGUCCGUGGGCGUUGCAGAGGAUCACCUCCUCUCUGGGAAUAUGAAGGAUAAUUUUUGGGAGAUGGGAGAGCAAGGGCCAUGCGGUCCCUGCAGCGAAAUCCAUUACGAUCGAAUCGGAGGCCGCAAUGCUUCCCAUCUCGUGAACCAAGAUGACCCGAAUGUGCUGGAAAUCUGGAAUAACGUCUUCAUCCAAUACAAUCGCGAGCCUGACAAAUCCCUGCGCCCCUUACCUAACAAACACGUCGACACCGGGAUGGGUUAUGAGCGCCUCGUUUCAAUCCUCCAAAACAAAUCGUCAAACUAUGACACAGAUGUCUUUACCCCGCUUUUCGAAAAGAUCAGUGAGAUUACGGGUUGUCGACCAUAUACCGGGAAAUUCCAUGAAGAAGACACCGAUGGAAUUGAUACUGCAUACCGCGUUGUUGCUGACCAUGUUAGAACUCUCACGUUUGCUAUUUCCGAUGGCGCUUCUCCAAAUAAUGAAGGUCGGGGCUAUGUAGUUCGACGAGUUCUCCGGAGAGGUGCUCGAUAUGCGCGCAAAUAUUUAAACGUUGAAAUUGGCGGAUUCUUUUCGAAAAUUGUCCCUACCCUGGUCGAUCAGAUGGGCGAUAUGUUCCCUGAGAUCAGACGGAAACAGACAGAUGUAAUGGAAAUUUUGGAUGAGGAGGAAAUCUCCUUCGCCAAGACACUCGACCGUGGGGAACGCCUCUUUGAGGAAUAUGCCCUGCAGGCUAAGCAAAAGGGGUUUGGUAAACUACACGGGGCAGAUGUAUGGCGGCUUUACGAUACUUUUGGUUUCCCUGUGGAUUUGACGCGGCUAAUGGCUGAGGAGCGAGGUCUAACUAUUGAUAAUGCCGAAUUCGAAGAAGCUCGGUUAAAAGCAAAGGAGGCAAGCAAGGGCCAAGGGAAACGAACUGCAGAUGUAGUGAAGUUGACCGUUCAUGAUCUUGGCCUCCUCGAGACCAUGGACGAUGUCCCCAAAACGAAUGACGAUGCGAAGUUUGGGAGGGGCAAUAUCACAUCACAAAUAAAGGCGAUAUAUUAUAACAAGAAGUUUGUCGAUUCAACCAAGGAUAUCCCACAGGGAGAGCAAUUUGGUAUUAUCCUCGACCGCACCAACUUCUACGCAGAGCAAGGAGGUCAGGAGAAUGAUACCGGAAAGAUCAUUAUCGAUGGCAAGGCGGAGCUUGCUGUGGAAGAUGUCCAGGUAUACGGAGGAUACAUACUUCACACAGGGUUCAUGAAAUACGGCUCCUUCAAUGUCAAUGACUCCGUCAUUGCUGAAUACGACGAACUCCGAAGAUGGCCCAUCCGAAACAACCACACAGGUACUCACAUUCUCAAUUUCGCCCUCCGUCAGGUUCUCGGUGAUGGUAUCGAGCAAAAAGGCUCCCUUGUCGCCGCUGAGAAGCUACGCUUUGACUUCUCUCACAAGUCUGCUGUCUCAGACUCCGACCUCGAAAAAAUCGAACGGAUAUCCACCGACUAUAUCCGUCAAAACUGCGCAGUGUAUGCCAAAGACGUUCCUCUCGCCAUCGCCCGGGGAAUAUCCGGCGUCCGCGCCGUCUUCGGCGAAACCUAUCCAGACCCGGUCCGCGUCGUCUCCGUCGGUGUCGAACUCGAAGAAAUCCUCCAAAAUGUCCAUGAUCCACGCUGGAAGGACAUCAGUAUCGAAUUCUGCGGCGGCACCCAUGUCCAGAAGACGGGCGAUAUCAAAGAUCUCGUCAUCCUUGAAGAGAGCGGGAUUGCGAAGGGAAUCCGACGCAUAAUUGCCGUGACAGGUGAAGAGGCACACGAGGUCCAACGCAUCGCGAAAGAAUUUGGUGAGCGCCUACGGCGCUUUGAGAAAAUGGAGCUUGGCCCACAAAAGGAGAUUGAGGCCAAGUUGCUGCAGGUAGAUCUAAACCAGCUAUCGAUAUCUGCGGUUGAAAAAGCGCGGUUCCGGGAGCAGUUUGCGCAGAUCCACAAGAAGGUGCUUGAGGGCCAGAAGGCGGCGCAAAAGCUGGAGUCGAAAAAAGCGCUUGAUGCGAUCACAGGAUAUUUCGAGGCACCUGAGAAUAAAGUUGCGUCGCAUCUCGUGAUGCAAUUGCCAAUCUCGGCGAAUCCCAAAGCCUUGAGCGAUUCUUUGAAUUUCGUCAAGACCAAGAUGCAAGACAAAUCUGUUUAUAUGUUUGCGGCGGAUAAGGAGGCAGGCAAGGUUGUGCAUGGCUGCCAUGUCGCUCAGGCUUUAAGUGAACAAGGAGCAACGCCUAAUGACUGGGCUAAUACUGUGUCGAGCAUUGUUGGUGGGCGUGCGGGGGGUAAAGCACCCAUCUCCAUUGGAAAUGGAACGGAGGCUGAAAAGCUAGAUGAAGCUAUUAAGGCUGCGACAGAGUAUUUGGAGAAAUUUCUUUGA